ACAAUAUAGUAUGGGCUCAAAUGAAUUCUUCUUAUCGGAGUUAUCGACAUCUACUAAAGAAAAGGUAUUUUGAACCUUAUGAUAACCCUGAAAUUGCUCGAGCCAAUAUACCAUUGAAAAUGGAAAAAGAGGAUUGGGAUUACCUUGUGAAUCUUUGGAUUGAUGAAGGCUGGCAGAAAAUAAGUCAACAAAAUAAGAUGAGUCGAGCUGCAAAUAGCAUUAUCCAUACCACUGGUGCUAAGGGAGCCCAACAAAGAGCUGAAGAGGCGUUUGAGCAAACAGGACAAGAAAUUGACCGUCUUCGUCUUUGGGAGCUUACGCAUACCCGUGCUAAUGGACAAGCUUGCAAUGAAGAAACUCAAGAAAAACUUGUUGAUUUGAUCCUUUUUAGGAUUUACUUAAGGAAUUAUCAUCUCAAGUAAAUGAAGGAACAUUAGAGAUGAAUGAACAUGAGGUGAUGGUAGAAGUAUUUGGACCUGAACGACAUGGACGAGUUCGUGGUUAUGGGGCUGGCGUGACACCUACACAGUUAUGGGGUCCUAGAUCAUUCAUAUUUUCUGAUCUCCAAACAAAACUUCAAUGUGCAGAAAAAAAUAUGAAGACUCUAAAAUAGAGGUGGAAGAUUUAAAGAAAAAGGUAGAUCAUAUGACAGGAAUACUUGAGCAACUAUUGGAUGGAAGGUUGCCUAUAACUCAAAGUGAUAACAAUCCUACUUCACUUGAUUAAUGCUCAAGACUUUGAUGAGUUUAUGUGUGAUUCAUAUAGCACUAUACAAAAAAGAACAUUAAUAUGAUAUUGAGUAUUGGUUUUGGUACUUGGUGUUAAUUGUUGUUGAUAUACUUGUCAAAUGCUAAAUAAGGAAUGCUAUUUGUACUAGUUUUGAAUCAUGAUCAAUGAUCAAAAUUGCAAAGUUCUUGUUUGAUUUUA